GUGGUUAGUGGAGUUGGAUGGUUUACCCGUAAAGAACGUUCACUUUAAAGAAGUUGUGACUCCUUUUUUUUGGAAACUUAAUUUACCCAAAGAUUACCCACAUUGAUUCAGAUUAACUGUCUGUGGGAACAUUCCUGCAACUUCAAGGCAGCAUCAAAACCAAUCUCUGUUAUAAGUGAGCAGAUCCGAGAUGAACAGCAUCUUCAGCGUCAGCCCGCUGUCUUCAGCCCUCGUGUGUACCACCGCUGCUGCAGCGACUGGGGACAAGCCUGGACUUUUGGCUAAAGGGGCUUUUAUCACAGAAGAGGACAAAAACAAAGAUGUUGUUCCCAAUAAGAACCAGCAGCAGGUCUUUCUGACACAUGUGGUGGAGGAAUUCUUCUGGAUAGGCAGCAGCAUUGUGGCCUUUUCCAAGUGGAGACUGGGCUACAUGGUGGAGAAAUGCAUGAGCUCCAUGCAGAUGGGGACCCAGAUGUUGAAGCUCCGCGGCAGCUCCAAGGGACUCGUGCGGUUCUUCUAUUUGGACGAACACAAGUCCUGCAUCCGCUGGAGGCCGUCACGCAAGAAUGAAAAGGCCAAGAUUUCCAUCGACUCCAUCCGGGAGGUGUGUGAGGGUAAGCAGUCUGAGAUCUUCCAGCGCUAUGCAGAGGGCAGCUUUGACCCAAACUGUUGCUUCAGCCUCUACUAUGGAGAACACAUGGAGUCCCUGGACCUGGUGUCCACGACUGGUGAGGAGGCACGCACUUGGAUCACAGGCCUCAAGUACCUGGUGGCUGGGAUCAGUGAUGAGGACAGCCUUGCUAAGAGGCAGCGCACCCGUGACCAAUGGCUAAAGCAGACCUUCACAGAGGCUGAUAAGAAUGGUGAUGGCAGCUUAAGCAUCAGCGAAGUUCUCCAGCUCCUGCACAAACUCAAUGUCAACCUGCCCCGACAGAAGGUCAAACAGAUGUUCAAGGAGGCAGACACAGAUGACACCCAGGGAACUCUGGGCUUUGAGGAGUUUUGUUCCUUCUACAAGAUGAUGUCGACCCGCAGGGAUCUGUACCUCCUCAUGCUCAGCUACAGCAACCACAAGGACCAUCUCGACACUGAUGACCUGGCCCGCUUCCUGGAGACUGAGCAAAAGAUGACCAAAGUGAGUAAAGACCACUGCCUGGACAUCAUCAGCAAAUUUGAGCCGUGCUCUGAGAACCAAAAUCAAGACGUUUUGGGAAUUGAUGGUUUUACAAAUUAUAUGCGCAGCCCAGCAGGGGACAUCUUCAACCCAGAUCACUACAGCGUGAACCAGGACAUGACCCAGCCCCUGUGCAACUACUUCAUCGCCUCAUCACACAACACUUACCUGAUGGGUGACCAGUUAAUGUCACAGUCCAGGGUGGAUAUGUAUGCCUGGGUGCUGCAGUCUGGCUGUCGCUGUGUGGAAGUUGAUUGUUGGGACGGUCAGGAUGGCGAGCCCAUUGUCCAUCAUGGCUACACCCUAACCUCUAAGAUCCUCUUCAGAGAUGUCAUUGAGACAAUCAACAAGUACGCCUUUGUCAAGAAUGACUACCCAGUGAUCCUGUCUAUAGAGAACCACUGCAGUGUUCCCCAGCAAAAGAAGAUGGCUCAGUACCUGACUGAGAUCCUGGGGGACAAGCUGGAUGUCUCCAACAUCAAAGCUGAUGAAUCUGGGCAGCUGCCGUCCCCAGAAGCACUCAGGGGCAAGAUCCUUGUGAAGGGAAAGAAACUUCCUCCCAACAUAGACGAGAAUGCAGAGGAGGGAGAUGUGUCUGACGAGGACAGUGCUGAUGAGAUGGAGGAUGACUGUAAGCUGAUCAAUGGGGAUAUGUCAGCUGACAGAAAGCAAGUAGAGAACAUGGCCAAGAAGAAGCUUGACAACUUGAUGAAGGAAUCCAAGAUCCGAGACAGAGAGGAUCCAGACAGCUUUACCAUCACAGCCCUCCCUCCUGCUGGGAAGACCAUGGAUAAAACUGGUAGUAAGGGUAAACGUAAGGAUGCGAUGGACACAGCAGAUGAGGCUUUUCCAAGCAGCAACAAGCGCUCAGGCCGCUCCUUCAUAGAGAGCUUCUCUAAACGCAAGAAAAAGGCAUCCAAGCUGAAGAAGGUCUCAAGCUUUGAAGACACAGACACAGACCAAGAAAGCACAAGUAGUGCUUCACGUGCCCCGCUGCAUCACAGAAAGAAGAAAACCAUGAAGCUGUCCAGAGCUCUGUCAGAUCUAGUCAAAUACACGCGGUCUGUGGGUCUCUAUGACAUCGAAGCACAAGCUAACUGUGGCUGGCAGGUAUCAUCUCUGAGUGAGACUAAAGCCCACCAGGUGAUGCAGCAAAAAGCAUCGUCCUUCAUUCAGUUCAACCAGCGGCAGCUGUCCCGCAUCUAUCCUUCCUCGUACCGUGUGGACUCCUCCAACUUCAACCCUCAGCCCUUCUGGAAUGCUGGGUGCCAACUUGUUGCACUCAACUACCAGUCUGAAGGCCGGGUCCUCCAACUCAACAGAGCCAAAUUCUAUAGCAAUGGCAACUGUGGCUACAACCUCAAACCGGCCUUCAUGUGCGAAGGUGCCUUUAACCCCAACGUGGAAGACCCCAUGCCUGGUCAGAUGAAGAAACAGCUGGUGUUAAAGGUCAUUAGUGGACAACAGCUGCCCAAACCCAAAGACUCAAUGCUGGGAGACCGAGGAGAGAUCAUUGAUCCCUUUGUGGAAGUGGAGAUCAUUGGCCUCCCAGUGGAUUGCUGCAAGGAACAGACCAGAGUGGUGGAUGAUAAUGGUUUCAACCCGAUGUGGGAGGAGACUCUGGUGUUCAUGGUUCACAUGCCCGAGCUGGCCCUGAUUCGUUUCCUUGUGUGGGAUCAUGACCCAAUCGGCCAGGACUUCAUUGGCCAGCGUACCAUUGCCUUUAACAGCAUGAUGCCAGGCUAUCGCCAUGUGUACUUGGAAGGAAUGGAGGAAGCUUCCAUCUUUGUUCAUGUAGCUGUGAAUGACAUCACUGGUAAGGCAAGAGCAGCCAGCGGCAUAAAAGGAUUGUUUCACAGAAACCCAAAGCAGGCUUCCCUGGACAGUCACACUACUGUACAGCACAGCCGUAAGAACCCAUUUGGGGCCCACCUCCUGCGCCGCACGGCCAGUGCACCUACCAAAGGUCAACCCAAAAUCAAGAAAGGUUUACCAGACAUUGCAAUUGACACCAAAGACUACAGCUCAGAGGGAGCUAGUGAGGAACGAGAGUCCGGGGAGGGAGAAAAGGCCUCUGCUGCUACCUCUCAGCACCACAAUGGGGAUUCACUGGCACCCCAACAAACCAAGGGACCGUGGAACCAUUCUGACACUAAUUUUCAUCCCGAGGAAGGUAAAGGUAAGCGCUCAUUCUACACUCAGCGACGACCAAUGAGUGAACCUCUCAAGCGCACCAUUCGGCUCCGCAUUCAUGAUCCGCUGGACAUGAAGCCAAAUGUGUUUGCCCGUUUCGCUGUUAGCAGCUCGGGCAGGGUGGGGAUGUCCUCCAACUGCAUCACAUGUGUGACUGGCUCAAAGGGGAGCCCAGAGGCUGAAAGAGAGGGUCAGGUUGAGCAAAAGUCCAAGGUGACAGAUGGGGAGAGACCAAAGACAAGUAACCACUCCUCCUCAUCAAAGAGACAAGUCCAGUCAGAACCUGAUGCCAUGCCCCGGUCCCUAGGUGCCCAGCCCAACGUACAGCAGGUUCCUCCCACACCCAAGACUUGCAUGGAGGCCCAAUUUCAGUACUCGCCCAUGCCAUUCCCCAGAUCUAAGUUCAGACAAACACUUGGUGCCCAGUAUAUCCACAAUCAACUUGGUACGUCACAGAGGUACACCCGUUCCUGCAGCAUUCCCCGCAGACGAUCCUCCAAUGCUGUUACACCAGCACCAAGCCUCGCACCAGACUGCAGGAGCACUCACUGUUGGCAGCAGGCGACACCACCCGACUAUGGUGCUGUUUAUGGCUCUGUACUCACUAAACUGACAUACAGUGACAUGAAUUCAGGUCUCUUGCUCAGUGACAGUAGUAGCUGCCAGAGCUUUGGCAGUCUGAGCAGUUUGGAGUCUCUUCCUACGCUGCCCCCUUGUUCUAUUCUUGACACCCGGAAGAGGGCUGUGGGUACCCUUCAAAGAGAGAUGAAUGCCCUGUUUGCUCAGAAAAUGGAAGAGUUGCGCCAUAAGUCUCCAAUGUUCUUUGCCGGUAAGAUGUAUCUGAGGCAGAUGUAGAGCUCACCAGGUAGAUGCUGUGCUGUAGCAGUAUUAGUAGCACGGGCUGUCAGCUUUCCCUUUUGCCGUAAGUUAGAUCUGUGUUGUGCAACAUGCCUCUGAUAAAAUGAAGUCAAAUCCAACCCCAUCAAUGGUUUCUUAGAGUUCAGCUUUGAGUUUUGUAGCUUUCAUCAAAGCCUCAUGAUUGAAAUUGUUUCAAAUUUGCUUAUGUCGUUAAAAUCCUCUUACUUUACCCACAUGCUUGACAGAUGAGAAAAAUGUGCAGAAUUGAGAGGAUGACCAAAGUCAGAUUGUUCUACAGUACACAGACCAGAUGCCCCUCUUCCAUUUCUUGCACUAAAUCCCAGAAGACACCGAGAGCAUCCGUUCG